AUGCCGUCAUUUUCGCUGCCGCAGUUCGACGGACGUCGUGUGCGCUCAUACUUGUUUCGUCUUCCCUUGUGCACGCGUGCGCUUCUCGUUGUUAUAGUCGCUNUUUGGAUUGCCAGCCUUAGACUGUCAUGGUUCCAACAAUGGGCCGCUUUGAUACCGAACGAGAUGAACUUGGGAACUAGUAUCUACUGCUCUUCCAGAUCCCGCUGCUGUCCGUCUGACCAUUGUUGUANNGUGUACCGACUUAAUACCUUCCCUCUGCUACAUGUUGGCUUCAUACACAUGAUUGUCAACAUAUUCGCCCUGACUCCGCUGCUCGAACGUUUCGAGGCCGAGCAUGGCUCUCUGCCGACUCUGCUCCUCUUUACUGGCCGUUCGUUCUAUUCAUUUUGUCCAAUUGGCCUUCUGUCUAACGCCUGUGCUANNGCAUUCGGUCUUCUUCCUGGAGGAAGUUACACCUUGAUUGAGCGCUUCGUCUUUAGAUCAAACACUGCUGUACAGGGCGCAAGCGUCUGGGUCUUCAUGCUCCUAGCUGCCGAAUCCAUCAAGACGUUUAAACAGAACCCUAACUUUGCCCUCGGUCCUUACAACAUUCCCACUUGGACUGCUCCCCUGAUCCUUAACCUCUUCGUCGCCGUCCUUGUCCCCAACACCAGCUUCCUCGGCCACUUGUGUGGUCUUGCUGUCGGAUACCUCUGGGGCUUGGGCUACAUCAAAUUCCUCGUGCCCAACGAGAAGAUUCUGCGUUGGAUCGAGGGCAAGCUUAACUUGCUUGGUCGUCUACCUCAUUACGUAUCGGUCGAUCAGAAGACAUAUGGAAGAUACGGUGUGCUGCCAACAACUGCGACCCCUAGGCCGGUACCGACUCUGGCCCCUCUAGGAAGUACUCAGAGACUGGGUCCUUGA